UCUUGCGUACGGAGCGGCGGCUUGUUGCUCCGCUCCUGAGGGCCGGGUUUUUAGUCCCGCCCUGUCUCUGCUUUGGGCUGCGUCUCCGCGCUUAUUUCACCUUCUUUACUGAGAGGCAGAGGUCAAUGCAGAGCUGUGGUGUAAGAUGCCUUAUGGUGAAAUUGAAGCUAAAUCCAUGGGACAUGGGGAAGAACUAACAAGUGAACCAUGCUAUAAGAAGUUGAAGUCUACUGAAGAAGCAUAUGUUUUCCCCCAUCAUGGGAAUGCUAAUUUUCACAGAAAGCAAAAGAAAACUGGUAAUGAUUGGGUCCCUGUGACCAUCACUGAUGUCAGAGGACAUAGUUAUUCUCAGGAGGACAAAACCAAAACUACAGAUUUGCCGAAACCUGUGCAUGAUGAGAUGCCUGGUAAUAGAUCAGAUGUUAUUGAUUCUGUUGAUUCACAAGUUUUACAGGAUACACGUCCUCCAUUGGUAUCCAGAGAUGAUGAGAUAUAUAGCACAAGUAAAGCAUUUAUAGGACCCAUUUACAAACCCCCUGAGAAAAAGAAAUGUAAUGAAAGGAGGAAUCAAGCAGACACUAUCAAUGGUAUAGAUGGCAAAGGAGAACGAGAAGGGAAACAGAAAUUUAACUCCAAAAAAUCAAAGAUUGACAAUGAAUUAUUCCAGUUUUACAAAGAAAUUGAAGAGCUUGAAAACGAAAAAGAUGAUUCAGAAAGCAGUUGUAAGGAACCCGAACCUUCUGAGAAACAACUCAUUCCAUGUUAUCAGAGCCAUAAUAAUCUGUUAAAAUCUGAAGAAGAAAAGAAAAAAGAUCUUACUAAUGCCUUUCAGUCACAUUGUGGUUACCAACAGUGUGUGGGGAAUGAGCCAGGUGAACAUCCUUGUAAUGGACAAGUAGUACCUACAUUUUGUGAUAGUUCAUUUACUUCCUUCAGGCCUGAGUGGCAAUCAAUACCUUCUUUUAUAGUACCACAAGACCCUCAUCUUCCCAGUUUUAACUAUCAUUUAAAUACUCAAAGAGUCAACGUUCCACCAAAUCCACCAUCAGAUAUUUUCCAUGCCCAAGAUGGCUUUCAUAUGCAAAAUGGAUAUUAUGUAAAUAGUUGUCAUGUUAAUUGGAAUUGUUUGACUUUUGAUCAGAACAAUGAAUAUACUGACUGUAGUGACAUUACCAGUAGUGAUCAUCCCUCUAGAAAUGGCUACAGUGUGCAAGAUGAAUAUGCGAGUAAUGGUUUCUGUGAAAUCAGUGAAGGAUGCUGGAAAGAUCCUUCUGUGGACAAGCAUAAUGGAACAGAUAGGUUUAUGAAGCAGCAGUUUCAAGAGGAAAAGUUAAAUAAAUUGCAGAAGUUACUUAUUCUUUUAAGAGGUUUGCCUGGUUCUGGGAAAACAACAUUGUCUCGAAUUCUGCUUGGUCAGAGUCGUGAUGGCAUUGUGUUCAGCACUGAUGACUAUUUUCACCAUCAAGAUGGGUACAGGUAUAAUGUUAAUCAACUUGGUGAUGCCCAUGACUGGAACCAGAACAGAGCAAAACAAGCUAUCAAUCAGGGGAGAUCUCCAGUUAUAAUAGACAACACUAAUACACAAGCUUGGGAAAUGAAACCAUAUGUGGAAAUGGCCAUAGGAAAAGGAUACAGAGUAGAGUUUCAUGAACCUGAAACUUGGUGGAAAUUCGAUCCUGAAGAAUUAGAAAAGAGGAAUAAACAUGGUGUUUCUCGAAAGAAGAUUGCUCAGAUGUUGGAUCGUUAUGAGUAUCAAAUGUCCAUCUCUAUUGUAAUGAAUUCAGUGGAACCGCCACACAAAAGCACAGAAAGGCCUCCUCCUUCACAGGGGAGACAGAGAGAAAGAGAUUUGAAGAAAACUGGGCACAGGUUCAGCAAAGCCAAGAAGAGAAACAGAAAAAGAAAUAAAAAGCAGAACAGUCAUAGUAAAAUCAUGGAGGAAAAUGCAUUUGAAACCUUAAGUUAUCUUACAUCAGGAGAGCAGGACCCAUCUCAGAGUGAAGAGGAAGACUUAGAAGAGGCCAAAAGAGAAUCAGAGUGUUUUUUAACUGGUGGUCUGAGAAGUGAAGCAGGAGAUUUUGUGAAUGUCCAUAAAGGUGAAAGACAGGAAAACAUAAAUUCUGAAGACAGUUUGCCAAAUAUUAUGUCUGUAGUUGAGUUGGACAAUACGCCAAAGAAUUAUCUCCCUAAGGAAGAUAAUGAUUUGCUUCUAAGUUUGUCAUUGAUGCCAAAUGAAAGCUCUGUUUCUUGUCCAACAAUGACUCAAAAUCUUUCUUAUGUAGCAAGUGAUGACUGCUCUGGCACACAGGUAGAAAAGCAUAUUGAAAAUAGGGAUAUCAUGGCAUUCCACAUCCAGGACCGAUUUGUUGAAACCCCAUGCUCAUUUAUGCAGAAGAGAGAAAUGGUGGAUAAGAGUCUCCUGAAUGAAACAAGUCUGUACCAUCAAUAUGGGUCCCGAACUUCAGAUAAAGUUUUAAGAAAGGAACAAGUAGUAAAUACAACUGAAAACAAUACUUGGGCUUUUUUCUCAAAAGAUUUCUCUGAUGAAGAAUUACAGUUGGGCUCUGAUAGACAACCCUAUUUUGAUAGCUGGCCUGAGGGACCUAAUAAGUUUAUAUGUGAACAGAGACCGAAGAAAGAUAGAUGGCAAAAGCUGGCUCAUCCUGACAGCAGGGGACAAUUGAUUAAAUUGAUCUCCACUUCUGAGGGAGCAUCAGGACCAGGAAACAGUCCAGAAACACUGAUAGAAGAAAAGCUAUCAAUAGAAAAUGAAGAUUUGUCACCUCCAACUGAGAAUAUAGAUUCAAUCAUAGAAACAGAGACAAAUACCUUUGGAAGCCAUUUCCUUAAACUGAAUAUCCUAAAGAAUGCGUUACACUCCACAAAGAAUAGAAAACAGAGGCAGAAAAGGAUUUUCAGUUUGGCACCAAACUUUAAUUUACUGGGACACAGUCAUACCCAUGUAGAAGAAAUGGGGACAUGUGACUUGUUAACAGAAAGCCAUGGACUAAAAAUUGUUUUGGAAGAAGAAAAAGAUGAUAUUUCAGAAAUAAAUAAUGAAGAAGAGAAUAAGCAAAACAUUAUGACCUUCAAUCAUCAUCCAACAUGGUUUUACUUUGAUAUUGUCAAAGAUUCUCUUCUAAAUGUUGGUGGGCAAUUUUAUUCUCAUUACCUGCUAUUUAAUAGACUAAGGCACUGUGUGUAUUUUUACAAAAACCCCAUUUCUUCCCUUAUGCUACAGUAUACAUCUAGCUUUUGGAAGAUAUCUUUUACAAGCAAGAAACCGUUUUUGACUUUCAACUCUCAGAGGAGAGUAGAUGAUAGACUAAAUGACGUAAGGUUUACCUCUUCAGAAAUUUUAAGUAGCCCACCUGAUACUUUGUACUCUUUUAGGGUCACUUCCGAUCUUCACUUUCUAAGUGAAAGUUUUGGUGAAAAGCCAACGACACGGGAAGAACCUAAGCCAUUACAGUUCUUACAAACAGAGGAUAACCAAGGUUUUACAAGCACUGACUACUCUGAUUCCCUUGAGCUGCCAUUAUCACAAGAGUUUGCCUUUCAGCUAAUAAAGCUUUUUGGAUCUCCUGGAGUUCCAGUGGAAUCUUUGUUGCCUGAUGACUAUGUGGUUCCCCUUGACUGGAAGACACUGAAGAUGAUCUACUUGCAGUGGAAGACGUCAGUAGAGAAAAGACAGAAGAAGAUUGGUUAAAAAAUGAGAAUUCCUUGAACUGCUUGUGUUUGUUUGUAGUUGAAUCCUCCGUCUUUCUGGUACUAUUGAAGAUCCUAAUCAUCAAGAAAGAGUGCUGCGUGCCAACCCGCAGGAUAAUUUAGAGUGAUGUACUCAUUGGAUACCGAAAUUGGUUUGAAUAAUCUGUGCAACUAUUAUUGAUCAGUUUCCUGAAUACUAAUAAAAAACUCCACA